AUUUUCCUCUUCACUCUAACCAUCAUGACGGAAACCGCGUUUUCACAAAACUGCGGUACAACCGGGUGUAAAGGCAACAUGUGCUGCAGCAGGUGGGGAUAUUGUGGUACCACAAAAGCCUACUGUGGCACUGGGUGUCAGAGUGGACCUUGUACCUCUAAACCUAAACCUACUCCGACUCCCAGCGGUAGUGGCGGUCUAAAUGCUGGUCCUCGUGGUACCAUCGCGAGCGUUGUCACACCAGCGUUCUUCAACAGCAUCAUGAGUAAAGUCGGAAGCGGUUGCCCAGCCAAAGGGUUUUACACUCGCCAGGCUUUCAUCGCGGCCGCUGAAUCCUUCGCAGCCUACAAAGGAACUGUUGCUAAGCGUGAGAUUGCCGCCAUGUUGGCUCAGUUCUCUCACGAAUCUGGAAGUUUUUGUUACAAAGAAGAAAUAGCCAGAGGAAGGUAUUGCUCACCAAGCACAACAUAUCCUUGUCAACCGGGCAAGAACUACUACGGUCGUGGUCCGAUCCAAAUCACAUGGAACUACAACUAUGGUGCAGCCGGAAAGUUCCUUGGACUUCCUCUCUUGAAGGACCCAGAUAUGGUGGCUCGUAGCCCAACUGUGGCUUUCAAGUGUGCCAUGUGGUUUUGGAACAAGAAUGUGCGUCCGGUUUUGAGCCAAGGGUUUGGUGCAACUACGAGGAGGAUCAACGGUGGUGAAUGUAACGGUGGGCGUCCAGCUGCAGUGCAGAGCAGGGUUAACCAUUACUUGGACUUCUGCAAGAAGCUUGGGGUCACUCCUGGAACCAAUCUCUCAUGUUGAAGACACUACUACUUUAUGAGGGUUUUCUAUUAAUGUCGUGUGGGUUAAGAAUUCCGUGUCGAAUAAAUAAAGUGAAGUCGAAAAUACUAGAAUUUAUAAAAUUGUAAGAGAUUAGAAGUCAUAUUGUGUGGUUGGUGUCUCUUAAGGUAACUGUCACUGAGUUGUGUGUUGUUUGUAUCCGCGCGCUAGCAUAACUAAUAAAAAUGGAACUAUUAU